AAACGUGGUUCUCUUUGGCGUCCAACAAGAAUAGCAGCCAUUGGAGUGCUGAAGUGAAAUUAGGCUCUGACGAUCCAGGUUACGGAUUGUGUUGAGCCGAAGAUAAUUUUACUUGUUCUUUAGUUCGUUUAGAACUUAGACUGCUGAAAUGGGUGCCUUCGGUUCCUUAUUCAAAGGCCUUUUUGGCAAGAAGGAAAUGAGAAUUUUGAUGGUCGGUCUUGAUGCCGCUGGAAAGACUACAAUUUUGUACAAGCUGAAGCUUGGAGAGAUUGUAACAACCAUUCCCACAAUCGGAUUCAAUGUGGAAACAGUGGAAUACAAGAACAUCAGCUUCACUGUAUGGGAUGUCGGCGGUCAGGACAAGAUCCGACCUCUGUGGCGUCAUUAUUUCCAGAACACGCAAGGUUUAAUUUUCGUUGUGGACAGCAAUGAUAGAGAAAGAAUCUCUGAGGCCCGCGAUGAACUUAGCCGUAUGUUGAACGAGGACGAGCUCCGGGACGCGGUAUUGCUUGUGUUCGCCAACAAACAGGAUCUGCCCAAUGCCAUGAACGCGGCUGAGAUCACGGAUAAGCUCAGCCUACAUCAGCUGCGCAACCGGACUUGGUACAUUCAGGCCACUUGUGCCACCAGCGGUGACGGUCUUUAUGAGGGUCUCGACUGGCUCUCCAAUCAACUCAAGACCAAGCGAUAAGAUAGCUUAUAAAUUGUUGUUUGUUGGUUCUUGUCGUUGUAACUGGCGUUUGUGUGGUAUCCUGUGUCGUCUCCUUUCUCAUCUCUGCGAUCUAUCUUUCUAUGUGUUAUCGUGUUAUCGUAUCCGCUCACCGUAUGCUACAUUUCUCUCCCGCACUCAUUGUACACAUCCUGCCAUGUUGUCCUGGCUGUAGACGUAUUAAUUUUAUUUUGCGUGUAUAAACUACCGAUUUUUUUUGCAUUAUUGCGCAACGCUCCGCCCAAUUCGAUCUCAAUGUACUUUUCCUUUGUUUGUUUUGCUGUUCAUUUUUAGUACACUGUACAUUGGAUUUGGGCUGCUAUGAUCAUAAUGAUAAAGAUGGCGGAUAUUAUGAUGACAACUAGUGCAAGACAAGAACAAUUUCAACAGGCUACAUACUGAUAUGUAUGUAUGCCUUGAUUGUGA